CAGGCGCGGCGGUGAGUGUGAGUCGCUGCUCAGCUCCUCGCGCUUUAUUUGAUCUUUAUUAUUAUUAUUAUUAUUAGUAUUAGUAUUAUUAUUAGUAGUAGUAUUGUUAGUAUUAGUAUUAUUAUUAUUAGUAGUAGUAGUUAUUAUUAUUUAUUCCUUUUUAUUUCUGAGCCGAACCUCGUUGGUGUGAAGGUGUUGGAGCGCGCGCGCGGCUCAGGUCCUGUCCUCUCAGCCGGAUCUCGGUUCUUCAUCAGCGGCAUGUUGGGAUCACGUGCAGCGGAUCCCGGGAUUCACUCCUUCCUCCUCCUCCUCCUCCUCUUACACGGGAAUAACUAUUAAAUAAACUAAUAAAAGAGAGAAAACUUUACAUCUUUACGGAUUUAUUUCACCGGAUCCUGGUGGUGGUGAUGAUGAUGAUGAUGAUGAUGAUGGUGGUGGUGAUGAUGAAGGGUCCGCGCGCGCUGGAGGCUGUUCGGGAUUUUUAACAUUUGUGUCUGUGUGUGGGAAUUUAAAAAGAUCGUAAACAAAAACAUUACAGUUUGUUUGAGAUUGGUCUCGCGCUUCCAUCAUGCGGCUGUAUCUGUGCGGAUUCCUGCUCCUGCUAGACGAUCUGUUUGUCUCCGUGUCCUCGUCCUUGUCCUCCUCCUCCUCCUCCCCCUCUCCGGACUUUGUGGACUGUGUGAGGGCGAGUGAGGUGUGCAACCUGAGUCCUCAGUGCAGCUCUCGUUAUCGCAUCAUGAGGCAGUGCCUGGUGGGUAAGGACUGGAACUCCAUGUUGGCCAAUAAGGAGUGCCAGGCAGCGCUGGAGGUCCUGCAGGAGACUCCGUUGAUGGAGUGUCGCUGUAAACGAGGGAUGAAGAAGGAGAUACAGUGCCUGCAGAACUACUGGAGCAUCCACAUGGGCUUCAGUGAAGGAGAAGAUUUCUACGAAGCGUCUCCGUACGAGCCUCUGCCUCCUGUCCGCCACUCUGAUGCCGUCCGUCUGGCCUCCAUCAUCUCCAGUAUGAACACCGGUACAGGUAAAGCUCAGUCUCACUGUUCUGAUGCCAGUCGUACCUGUAACCAGUGUCUGGAUGCCACAAAAGCGUGCAACCUAAACGAUAACUGCAAGCGUCAACGCUCCAACUACAUCAGCACGUGCACACGCAGCGAGUGCAACAGGAAGCGCUGUCACAAGGCGUUACGUCAGUUCCUGGAGCGCGUGGAAUCACAGUACAGCUUCGGCCUGCUGUUCUGCUCGUGCCACGACCACGGCUGCGCCGAGAGGAGACGCCAGACCAUCGUCCCCAGCUGCGCCUACGAGGACAAGCUCAAACCAAACUGCCUGCAGCUGCGCAAGACCUGCCGCCUCGACCCCUUUUGCAGGUCAAGACUGGCGGAUUUCCAUACACACUGUCAGAUGAGUGAGGACUCCAUCAGCACCUGUCCUAAUGACGACUACCAGGCCUGUCUCACUGCCUACACCGGCCUCAUCGGGACGGACAUGACUCCUAACUACGAGGACGCCAAUCACACGGACUUCUCCAUCUCACCGUGGUGCAGCUGCAGGAACAGCGGAAACCAGGAGGAAGAGUGCGAGAAGUUCCUGCGGGACUUCAGAGAGAACACCUGUCUGCGUAACGCUAUACAGGCAUUUGGGACGGAUGUCCCAAAGACUACAGCAUCAACGAAUCCCAAUGUCCCUCGCACAAACCCGACUGUUUACCCCAACACCACCAAACCCGAAUACGAGGAAAACGAACCAAAGUGCGGCACUUCAAAAGACAUCACCUGUGAAGAAGACGAGGACGUUAUAGGACCUGACGAGAACCCUGUGUGGAACCCCUCAAACUGGAGUGCCGGACUGGCGCUCUGCACUGAGGCAUGGAUGCUCUCACUGGUCUUCGCUUUGGGAAACAUUGCCCUCUGAACUUCAACUCAACCUGAGGUCUUAACCCUGAGGGAGUCUCUGGACCCUCCACCAAAAUACAGAAUCACUUCGCUUGUCUGUCUGUCCUCUCUAUACUGCAAUGUUAUUUCUUACCAAAAAAAAGAUCAACAAAGACAAAAAUAAGGCGUGAGAGCAUCGUAAAGCGCGUAUCUAUCUGAGAUCAGUGGAGAACAGAACAAUAAGAGAAAAGUCGUUGAUAGAUGAUAGAGGAAGUUGACAGUAAUGACUUUGUCUCGAUAUUAAGUGGGAUGAACUGAAUACAAAGUCUCCCUUGCUUUUAUUUUUGGUAAAUCUGUACAGCGUCCUGUCUGGACCACACCAUUUGACCAAAUUGGGGUGCCAUCAACCCAACAUUGUGGAGCCAAAUGGAAUCCUAGUCUAUAGUUCUACUCUGGAAACCACUAUGAUGACACAGAAGCCUCCAUCAUGCCCUUCUACACAUCUGCGACCUUGGAUUAACUUUGAGAGAAAUGUGUCACUGCCAUGCUGUUACACACAGAUUCUACCAUUCUGAGAAAAAUAGUGGUCUAUCCUGACCCUUUGAGGACCACAGGGUGCCUUUAUACCUGGAGAAAUAAGGGACCCUGAAACCACCAUUUUUGAGGAACAUGUCUUCAUCAUUGGUUUGCACCUUGACCUCCAGCCUGAAUCACACCAUCUUCAGUAACAACUGGGGUUUUAAAAUGCCCUUAAGCCCCCCAUCC